AUGUAAUAAAGCUUGAGUGAUUCUAUUGACUUUUGCUAAUUGUCAUCUAAUCAUAAAUAAUCAUUGCAAUUUCCAUUAUUAAGAAUCAUGAAUAAAGAAUUAGAGUAGAUAAUGUUUUAGUGUAAUGUUAAAUUACUCUAACAAAAAGUCAUAAUGUUGUUUGGUUUUCCUUCAAUUAAUGUAGAUAGUGAAAGAAUUUACAAAUAUUUGAAAGGAAUUUAACAUUAAAGUCAUUUUGAACAACUAAGAAAAAUUAGAACUUUAAUAAGUUUUAUUGGAGAAUCGACUCAAAUCACUAAUUGGAAUGAAAGAGUUCAUAUAAUUAGUUUGAGAGUCCAAUAAUUUUUUAAUAUGAAAGGAUUAGAAAUACAAUGGAGUGAGUUAUAAUGGAAAAAUGAAAUUGAUUCUAUUUUUACUUUUAGAACUAACAAUCUUUAUUAUGAUACAAUACCAAAUAAAGUAUUUUCAUAUUUAAAUUUAUUUAAUACAAUUGGCAUUAAAUUACCAUCAGAAUUAUAGAAUCUAUAACAUUAAACAAUUAAUUCAAUAUAAACUUCCAAUUUGACAGAUGACUUUAAUUUUUUAUGUGAUAUUAAUGAAUUCAACAUUAUUAGAAAUUUUAGGAUUUUUAUUUAGAAAUUGAUAAAUUAAUUUAAUGGAUUUAUGGAUUUAUUAUUGAAAAUUGAAACAAAAAAUAAUGUUGAUUUAUUAAGAAUUAAAUAUUGCUAUUAAAAUUUAUGCCAAGAAUUAUCUCAUAUACUCAUCUCUUACACUCCUAAAAAUAUUUAUGAUGAAUAUCCAAUUAAUUAUAAAAAAUAAACGUUAAUUUUAGAUAUUAAACCACAAUAAAAACAUUAAUCAUUAGUAUAAAAAAUUCCAAUUCCUACUACUUCUUUAACAACAAUUAUUUAAGGAAACAUUUAUUCAAAGUCAAAAUAAUAAAAGAAAAAGAUAAAAUAAGAAUAACAUUUAUAUUAAAGAUCAUCUAUCAUAGAUUAUAGUUUAGAUUAAUAUAAAAACAAUGAAAUUGAUAAUAAAUCCAAAAUUAUUUAUUACGAUGAUAAUAAUGACUUAAUUUCAAAAUUGUAAAGUUAAUUAAUAAAUAAUGUAAGUUUUUUUAAUCACUACAUAAAUUCUGAUGACUCUUUCCAAAAAAUACAGUAAAAAAUAUUAACAUAUGAAUAUUUAUAAUAUAAACUUGAAUAAGUAGGAUACCCUUGUAUAAGUUUGAAUGAAGUUGAUUUAAUCUAAGUACUUUAAGAUCAUAAACUUUAUAAUAAAGAUAAGACAAAUUUAAUUGUUAAGCUAAUUAAUAUUAUAUCUGAAUCUUUUAUUAGUAGGAUUAGUGAUGAAGAUGUAACAGAAUAAUUAAGAUAAUAAACUUUAAAAUAUCUAUUAGAAAUUAAAAUUGAUUUUUCAAAAUAAGAGUUAAAUCAAAUUUUAAAUGAAUAAUGCAUUACAAAAUAAAAAAUGUCAAUCUAUGAUAAUUUAUAAAAUAAAACGUUCUCUUAUGAAGCAUUAUCUUAAAUAAUAGAUCGUAAAUUUCCAGAAUAAAUUAAUUAAAUGAAAUGUUUAUCAACAAAUAUUAUAUUUUAAUAAUGUAAUAUUUAACCAUUACUUGAUAUUUUUAAUUUUUAGGAAUUACAAAAUAUUAGAGUUUUACGAUAAUAUAUUUAUGAAAUUUACACAUGUCUUUAGACUUUGAUUAAUUUCAAAUAACAAUCUGAAGUUGAUUUUGAUAGUAAAGUUGUAUAAGAAUUUAGAUUAAUGGAAAAAUAAUUUAUCAAUGUUAUAAAUUAACCUCUCAAUUUUCAAGUAGAUUCAAAUUAGAUUUAUUUCUAAAACUAAUAUGUAUCUGAAGGGGAUUUUGAUGAACCAUUUAGUUUAAAAUUGAAAGAUUAAUUUAUAUAAAAAUAAGGUUAUAAAAUAGUUAAGGAUUAACAUAUAAUUAAAAAUAAAGAAUUUGAAUAAAUAUAUGAAUAAAAUAAUGAUUAAUCAAAUUAAGAUGUAUUUUAUAUGCUUAAUCUUGAUUAAUCACCAUUUGAUUUAUAAUAUUCACCAAAUUAAUGUGAUUCAACUCGAUUUAACUUUAUGAAUAAUGGAUAAUAAUAGUUGGAAGAUUAAGAAUAUAUUACAAGUACAGAAUUUUGUUCUUUGUAAUUUAAUAAAUGA